AUGGCAGCUUUCUACCACCAAACUGCAUGUCCAGCUCUGAAUCUCUGCAUCCUCAUCACUCGCGCUCCUGUCUCGGAUUUGCUGCACCGGCACGGCAUCGAAUUCACACAUUGCUUGCUGCCAAGAGUGAGGCUACGCCAUCUCCCUCUUCGAUUCAUCGACCUGUUCAUUCCACACGUCCGAAUCCCGCUCCCUUGGCUUGUCCGUUUCUUAAUUACUAUUCUUGAACGUAUGGAUGAGCGCAGGUACAAGAAAGGCCGUAGCGGCCAGCAAUCUGAUCCCUCCUUCGAGACCCCGAACCCGAACCAGGGCUGUUGUGCGCGCUCCUUGCUCGAGCUCGACCGUUGCGACCUUUUCCUCGCCCCAUCAGUCUUCGUCGAGCAUGUUCCACAGCACGUCCGUGAAUCGCAUACCUUGUUGGAUGGGUCCGUGAUCGACUGCGCCUGUGCCGUGGCCGGUCCGAACGGCGGCCUGAUCGAUCCCAUGGAGUACAAUGGCGAGUCGUUGUUCUCGAGUGAUCCAAUGUUGGCCAACGACGAGUAUUCAUCGCCCAGCCCGACUCCUUCUUCACUCUUCUCUUUUCCUUUCGCUCUCGCUGGUGCUGACAUCCUUCGUUCGCCUUCUAGUUUCCUCGGUCGGAUCGACGAAAUAAUGGGUGCCAACGCCGAGGAGCGAUGGGACGACGAAUACGCCCACCCGCACGCCCAGUUUCCGUCAACCGACGAGGUCGACCAUGCUCAUUCUGCGCGGAGCCGACGAAAGAAACGAGGACCUCAAACCGCUCCCGCCCAAACACCCCAAGCAAAAUCCCGACGGCAGUCACUCGGCCAUGACGCGGCAUUUCACCUCCACGGAGACGAGGAACGCGUCAUCACCGAACGAAACCAGCCCAAUGCCGCCGUUGAUGAUGACGACUCAUUCAUCGCGAAAACCGUCACUCCAAACGACGUCGACGAGCAGGCGAUCAAAGAAAAGCUGCGCGACUUUUGGAAUCUCAGAGAGAAUCCCAUUUCGAAGCCACGCAUCAAGGUGGAGGGCCUUGCCGGACACCACCACGACUUGGCCACCAAAGCCAAGGAGCUCCAGACUGGCACCUUCCAAGGCCUCUUCGUCGAUGCCACGGCGGCGGAAAACGCCUUGAUGGAGCUCGGCAACUUGUACCGCAAGCCGCUCCGGGACGUCACCGUGCCCGCCGAGGACGCCACCUUCCCCACGACGACUGAUGAAAUGACGGCCGUCGUGAAGAAGGUGUUUGACGCCAUCAUGGACUGGAGCUACAUCCUCGAGUGGAAGGCGGCCGUCUCGCGCAACGACAAGCUCCGCAUAAUGAAGAGACUCACUUCCGCCGCCGGCGGUACUGACCAUGGGCUCGACGUCGGCCCCGAAGGCCUGCGCCCCCCCGUCGAGGAGCUGCUGGCCAUCCUCCCAUCGGUGAAGUUGCAGCAGCAGAGGAUCCUGGGACAGGUGCCCAGCGACCUCAUCAUCGAGCUGGUGUCGUGGGGCGUCGUGCAUUCGAAACAACUUGUCAAGUCUCUGCUCACCGCUGGCGACGGCUGGAAACUGCGAAUCGUCAACUGCCCCCGAAAGGAGUUCCGAGCCAAGGGCAACAACCGACGGGUAAAUGCCGCAAAAGAGCGUCAGUGGCACCGCAUGAGCACCGCUCGAAGCGACGCAAGAGAGUAA